AAAAGACGACACACAGUUCACCAACAUCGUAAGUAAUUUCUCACGCAUCACAUCCAAACUUCAAACGCAACAUCUCUCGUUGACUUUCUUCCUUCUUCCCCGUUGCCCAUCCCCUUCUGUUGAAUCAAUUGGGGAUUAUUAUAAAUCCAGACUAAACCCUAAAUCUAACACACCCGAAAUUCAAGUAAUCAAACAACGAUGAGGAGAGUAUUCGGUGCUAAGAAAGACAAAGAACCACCCCCUUCCGUCAAUGACGCAUCUGAUCGGAUCAAUAAACGAGGCGAGUCUGUCGAUGAAAAGAUCAAACGGCUUGACGGGGAACUUGCUCGAUAUAAAGAACAGAUUAAGAAAACCAGACCGGGUCCUGCUCAAGAAGCUGUCAAGGCUCGAGCGAUGAGAGUUCUUAAACAAAAAAGAAUGUAUGAAGGACAACGUGACAUGCUAUACAAUCAAACGUUCAACCUAGAUCAAGUUGCUUUUGCUUCCGAAGGGAUUAAAGAUGCUCAGCAAACAAUGUCGGCUCUGAAAUCAGCAAACAAAGAGUUGAAAGGAAUGAUGAAAACCGUGAAGAUUCAAGACAUUGAUAAUUUGCAAGACGAAAUGAUGGACAUGAUGGAUAUUAGUAAUGAAAUACAAGAAUCUCUUGGUAGAAGUUACGGUGUGCCGGAUGACAUCGAUGAAGAUGAACUUUUGGGUGAGCUUGAUGCUCUGGAGGCUGACAUGGGUCAGGAAACCGAAGGUGAAGGGGUACCUUCGUAUCUUCAACCUGAUAACGAGCCCGAUUUGAAUGAAGAGCUCAAUCUGCCUUCAGCUCCAAGUGGACACGCAGUGCCAGCUGGCAGAGUUAACAAUCAGGCUGUGGAUGAAUUUGGUUUUCCUGCUGUCCCUCAUGCAUCGCUUCGUAAUUGAGUAGAUAUUAUCAACUUUUAGUUUGUUUAUUCUUUGGCUGGCUUCAAUGUUUGCUACUACCUUUUUUAACCUUUGUAAACAAUAGUGUGCAUAAUCUGAACAUGAUUACUUUUGUUU